AUGUAUACUUCCUCCAUCCUCAUGGCUGCGGCCGUCUAUGCCUCUACUGUCACUGGCCUCGCGACACCACAACUCUCAAAGCGAUUCUCUGUCGCCGGAGCCUCGAACGAGACUGGUUUCACCGUCCCAAAGAACGUUCAGCCCGGCGUCUACUCGGUCUUCAUUGACGAAGAUGGUGUCGCUCACCACACCCAGCUCGACAACACCGACAAGCCCAAGAAUGAGCCUCGCGUUGACCAGCUCUCGGCUGACGACGACGUUUCCGGUCUUGAACGGAGAGAAGAAGGCACAGGAAUGCGAUUCAUUACCUGUGGAGAUAACAGGGAAAUGGACCGUCAGUCGACAAUCGACGCAGUCCAAGACUUGGUCAACCAGUGUGGCGGUGGUCUGAAAGUCGAUUCCAGCCACCACAUCUAUUCUGUCAGGGGCAACGUGGCAGCAUUUUACUGCAACUACGUCACCUUCAUAAACUCAACCCCUCCUUGGGGGGUAUUCGGGGCGCCCCAGACUUGUUGCGGCGACAGAGUCCGGAAUAUCAUUUCCCAUCAGAUCAGCGACGAGUGUGGCUCGUUCAAGCCUGGCUGGAGCGAGGACACAUUUGCAAAACAAAAGAAUUCUGUUGGAUAUCACGAAGUCGGCGCAGAUAAGAACUUCUGUGGAGAGGGGCACCAUUGA